CAUGUAUACAAAUCAAGGACCUUCUUGAUCUUGUUCCUUUAGAACCAUGCUCUUGUUCCGCGUAUGUCCAAACCGCUUCUGCGCAUCCCCUACACAGGGCCUCUUCCACCGCCGCUGAUCAUCCCACCAUCUGCCGCGACCAAACAUGGUGCCAUUACCGCGCUCGCCAACUUCUUGACCUCCGGCUCCGGGUCUCCAGUGUCUGCCUCGCCUUCUUCUGCGGUUGACAUUCACCCUUCCGGCGUUCCCUCGAUCGACGAAAACACGGUCGGCACAGACGGUCGUGAUGGAGUGUACAGAGCAGGUCAGAAUGAGAACCUUCAAGGGGGUGGCGGCAAAACAGUCCUCCUGACAGGCGCCGGAAUCAGCGUAGCAUCCGGACUCGCCGACUACCGCGGCUCCAAAGGCACAUACACCCAAAACAAGAGCUACCGACCGAUCUACUUCCACGAAUUCGUCGCGAGCCACGAAGCGCGCAAGCGGUACUGGGCCCGAUCAUUCUUGGGUUGGCGCGGACUGCACCGCGCCUCUCCCAACGCCGCCCACUAUGCGGUGCGCGACCUAGGCCGUUUGGGGCUGGUAGAUACGGUAAUCACGCAGAACGUGGACUCGUUCCAUCCCAUUGCCCAUCCGAAGCUGCCGAAGACGAUCGAAUUGCACGGGUUUCUGAGGAGUUUGGUAUGUCUGAGCUGCAAGAGACUGAUUGACCGAGAAGCAUUUCAGGCACAAUUGGCCGCGUUGAAUCCUGCCUGGAAUGCGUUUUUACAAGAGUUGUUGGCAUCGGGGGCCUUGGACACUGAAGAUCCUGAAGAGCGGAGGCGUAAAGGGUUCAGAACAAACCCGGACGGCGAUGCCGAUGUCCCCGGGGCGCCGUAUACUACGUUCAGAUAUCCUGCUUGUCCGCAUUGUUUGAAGAGGCCGCCGAUCUUGAGUGAUGGCUCAAAGGGCCAUGUGGACGUUGAUGCCGAUGGCGCGUGGACCCCGGGGUCGGACAGAAAGUCAAUGACCGGUACUGGUGGUGGUGUUGGGAUUCUCAAACCCAAUGUCAUCAUGUUUGGCGAAUCGAUUCCUGCCUCUGUCAAGUCUGCGGCCGAAGCGGCCAUUGAUGCAGCCAAUAAGGUCUUGGUGGUCGGCUCGUCGUUGGCCACGUAUUCGGCCUGGAGGCUGGUUAAGCGGGCGCACGAGCGAGGCAUGGGCAUUGGCGUGUUGAACCUGGGUGGUGUUCGCAAGGAGGAGGCUUUCUUUGGAGGCGGCGACAGUGACAACGACACUGGCUCCGGGCACGACGGCUGGGCCGCGCUCCGAAGAGAUUUGGUCCGCGCAAGUCUGCCGGCCGAGGAGAUCUUGCCUAGUGUAGUCGAGUAUAUUCGCUCGCAGAGGGAAAGAAGCGGCUGAGACUGGAGGUCUCGCCGUGAACAAAAAAUAUACAUGUGCUGCCAGUGUACAACAUCUACGUCUAUAACACUAAGCGAUUCUUUGCUCUCCCGA